UUCUACCCCCAAUUUCCCCAUUGAUCUUUUGACUCAUAGCUCAAUCCCUCCCCUCUUUUCUCCACUCUACCAUUGAGCAUUCUCCCUUAUUCUUCUUUUAUUUUUUUUUUUGGAUUUGUUUGUAAUAAUUGCGAUGUCUGGUUGUUCUUGUGGCCGGGUGUUCACCGCCGACCGACUGAUUCCAUCUCGGAAUCCCGGACGUCGCUUCGUGGUUUCGCCUUCACAGCAAGCUCUGUUCUUCUCUCCAUUUCAGCAGCGGCAAAGGAUUGCUCUAAGAUCGUGGCACGCGAGGGUAGUAUGGGUUGUCGGAUCCCACGGUCGAGGUGGGGCUUUGUUCCGAUCGGACGGAAAAGGAGGGGGAAAUGCGAAGCCGUGUUCUUACGCUCUGGAUGAGGAGAGCAUCGAAGAUGUGGAGAAGAUCAAUCAGGUGCUGGAGGAGGAGGAGGAGGAAGAGGAAGAGGAAGAGAAGCUCAGUUGUCGUGAUCGUGGUCGCGAUCGGACGGCUGAGGUCAUGAUGGCUGCCGCACUUACGGUGGUUCUUGGAGUAGCAAAUCGGGUUCUGUACAAGCUCGCUCUCAUCCCUCUCAGGCACUACCCUUUCUUCCUCGCUCAGCUCGCCACGUUCGGAUAUGUGCUGGUGUACUUUUCUAUCUUGCGUUUCCGCUAUAAUGCUGGCAUUGUUACGGAUGAGAUGCUCUCCUUGCCGAAAACUUCCUUUCUUUUUGUUGGUCUCUUAGAGGCUCUUGCUGCAGCUACUGGAAUGGCAGCUGCAGCUGUUCUUUCUGGGGCAUCAAUUCCAAUAUUGUCUCAGUCUGCACUUGUUUGGCAGAUUCUCUUGUCAGUCAUUUUCCUUCAGAAGCAAUAUAGAAUGAACCAAAUACUUGGAUGCUUUCUUGUGGCUGUUGGCGUAAUAAUAACUGUUGCAAGUGGAUCUGGUGGUGGCCUUUCACUGAAGGAUACUGGUAUCUUUUGGACUCUUCUGAUGAUUAUUUCAUAUUUGUUUCAAGCUGCCGAUACUAUAUUGAAGGAAAUAAUUUUCUUGGAUGCUGCACAGCACUUGAAGGGAGGUUCUAUUGAUGUUUUUGUUGUAAAUUCCUAUGGAUCUGCCUUCCAAGCACUGUUUAUCUGUCUUCUGCUACCUUUUCUUUCAAAGUUUUGGGGUGUUCCAUUCCCGCAACUGCCAAGCUAUCUUAAGGAUGGGGCAGCCUGCUUUCUAAAUAUUGGUUCCUUGUCAAGUGGAUGUGAUGGGGCACCAUUGCUACCAAUACUUUUUGUUAUUGUCAACAUGAGCUUCAACAUAGCGUUGCUGCAUCUCCUCAAGAUCUCAUCAGCUGUUGUUUCUUGCCUUGCGUAUACUUUUUCAGUGCCUCUCUCCGUGUACGUAUUCACCUUACCGCUACCGUACAUCGGCGUCGCGUCGACGUUACCUCAGGGCUUCGUCUUGGGCGUCGCCAUCCUCGUCGUCGGCAUGCUUAUCUACUCUUGGUCGCCUUCCCUGGGUCCCACUCCCCGAACCACCACCACCGCCCAUCCUCAUCAAGCCUAAUGUUCAGUACAGACACCCGGCGGCGGCUCUUCUCUUCCCGUUUCUGUUGUAUUGGUGAAGAAGAAGAAGAAGAAGAAGAAAGAAUGUUAUCUGCUGUAAUAAAAAUAGUUAAUUUAAUAAGAAUAU